AAGAAAACAGAACAUUUCCAAAACUUGGCCGACCAAUCAAAAGAGAGAGAAAAGAGAGAGGGAAGCAGAGAGCUGAAAAUGUAAAAGCAAAGAGGAAAAAACAAGCUACACCGAGUAAGAGCGAAAAGAGAGAGGGGAGGGGAGGCCCUGUGACCUCAUGUGACAUGUGACGUGGGCUCCUCCACUCACGGAGGGGAGUUGGAGGAUGGCGAGGACGCAAAGAGAGCUGUGGCUUUAGCCGACGCUAGCUAACACUGACGCUCCAGUCAGGCCAUCACUGUGGGACACCACGUCUCCUGACAGAGAGAGAGAGAACCUGGCUAACCUCAGAGCCCCUGCCCACUGACGGACCGGACCAGCACAGCACAGCACCACACCUCCCUGCCACCCCACCCUGGCCUGCUAACAAGACGUUCAGACCCGAUACAACAACGGUUGGUCGUUAUCGUCUGUAGAGAGGGCUGACGACGGCUCUGGCACCACUUCAGCCACGAGGACAUGGCUUCCAACAGCAUCUUUGACUGCUUCGGGAACUACGGCCCCACUCUACUGAGAGACCCCACCACCACCAGACGGUUCACACCGCCCUCCACGUCGUUCCCCUGCAGCAAGAUUGGAGACGGCAGCGGGAGCAUGGGCACCCCUGGACCGCUGAGGACACGACCCGAGGCCAGGAAUGUGGUGGACGUCCUGUCAGACCACGCUGGCGAACUGGUCCGGACGGACAGCCCAAACUUCCUCUGCUCCGUGCUGCCCUCACACUGGAGGUGCAACAAGACACUCCCUGUGGCUUUCAAGGUUGUCGCACUCGGUGAUGUGCCCGACGGGACUUUGGUCACCGUGAUGGCGGGGAACGACGAGAACUACUCAGCGGAGCUUAGGAACGCGUCUGCGGUGAUGAAGAACCAGGUCGCCCGCUUCAACGACCUGCGGUUCGUGGGCAGGAGCGGACGAGGAAAGAGCUUCACUCUGACCAUCACAGUCUUCACCGGUCCUCCUCAGGUGGCCACCUACCACCGUGCCAUUAAAGUGACUGUGGAUGGGCCCAGGGAACCCAGACGUGAGUACUUACAGGGACACCGGGUGAAGAUGGAGGACCCCCAGAAGAUGCAGUUCUCUGAUAGGCUGACAGAGAUUGAGCGCUACCAGCGGGCCAGCCUGAGGAUGGGGCCUGGUAACCCCCAGCCCCGGCCCAUGCACCAGAGCCACCUGGGGCCGUCUACCCAGUCCCAGAUACAAGCCCUGUGGUCUGACCAGAUUGACCCACCAACUCUGAAGACAUGCAAGGUGGAGGACGACCUCAGAUGGUCAAGUCCCACCGCUGACCUCUUCCCCCAGAGGACCACCUUCCCUUCUCUGUCCCCGCUGACCGACCCCCGUUUCUCAGACCCACGUAUGCACUACCCAGGGGCCUUCACCUACUCAGCCAACCCCUCCAGCACGGGCAUCGGAGGCCUCAGUGUGACGGGCAUGUCCGCCUCCUCCCGCUACCACACCUACCUGCCCCCACCCUACCCUGGAAACCAGAACCAGGGCAGCCACUUCCAGUCCAACUCCUCCCCCUACCACCUGUACUAUGGCACCGGGUCCGGCUCCUACCAGUUCUCCAUGGUGGGCCCGGCCGGGACCGGGGGUGAGCGUUCCCCCACCCGCCUGCUGCCUUGCUCUGGAAUCUCAGCCUCUGGAGGGGGCAACAGCCUGAUGAACCAGGGCCUGAACAACCAGAGCGAAGGGGUGGAGGCAGACGGCAGUCACAGCAACUCCCCUACGGCCAUGAGCGGCUCUGGACGCAUGGACGAGUCUGUCUGGAGGCCUUAUUGACUGUCAGACAGCUAGAGGAAAUGCAGGAGAGAAAGAGCAAAAGUAAAGAAGAUGAAUGAACAAAAAAAGAUGAAUCCUCCCCCAAAAAUAAAUGCUGCAUGUUUGUAUUUUAUUUCUCGCGCACUCGCUUCGUACCCUUUUCCUAGUUGACCAAAGACAUUCACUAUCUGUCAGGAUGCCAUGGCCAGAGAUUACCUUUAUGCAAGCCAUGGGUAUAUCCUGCACUGUGACAGGGACUACUCUCUGAGGCUCUGAAACCAUACAAAUCUCAUGCUUUUCAAUUGAUGAGUAAGAAAUGCAAAAUAACUGUAAAUAGAUGUUAUGGUGUUACAACAAAAAGCCAUAGUAAUAUAUCCGGAUCUUUUGAAAAACAGGUACAUGCAUACUAAAGACUGUGAAUGGCAAAACCUUCAUAGCCAUUCACUCUAUGCAGCUAAUGAACUGAAAAAAUGCUAGUGCUAUUGUGGUUAACUAGCCAACACGACCAAAAUGAUCAUUUUCCCACAGAUGACAGUACCUUUCUUGACAUUACAAGCUAAGCAUCCAGACCAGUGACUGUACUGCCUCAGCAGCCUUUCACUGUCAGGUGAUAACAGAGAUCAAAUAUGAUGUUUGCUUCACGAGUGUCUCAGAACCUGCCCUAGAUGGCUUGUGGCUGUAUUGCUAAUGUAACAUAACAGUUGAUUCUGAAGCUUUUAUUUGGUGUGAGGUUUGGAGAUUCACCCUUCAGUCCAUGAAACAUCCUUAAAAACAAUACAUGGUCUCAAAGUAAUUCUGCAUUGCUUGACAAUUUAAUGUACUAUUUGUACUGAUGUCUGAGUGAAGCUCCCCUGUAAAGUUGUUAAUGUAUUGAUAAUCUAUGCAGUAGAAUAGCUGAUAUUUUGAAGACUGUACAGGACAUUAGCAGAUUUUUUUUUUUAAAGCAGGAUUUUUAUGGAUUCCUUUUGUUUUAGUUUGUUGGACUGUUUUCUUUAUUUUUACUUAUGAUAUAUACACUGAGUGUACAAAACAUUAAGAACACCUGCUCCUUCCAUGACAGACUGACCCGCUGAAUCCAGGUGAAAGCUGUGAUCCCUUAUUGAUGUCACUUGUUAAAUCCACUUCAAUUAGUGUAAUUGAAGAGGAGGAGACACGUUAAAGAAGGAUUUUUAAGCCUUGCGACAAUUGAGACAUGGAUUGUGUAUGUGCCAUUCAGAGGGUGACUGGGCAAGACAAAAGAUUAAAGUGCCUUUGAAUGGGGUAUGGUAGUAGGCUCAUCGGUUUGUGUCAAGAUCUGCAACAUUGCUGGGGUUUUUACGCUCAACAGUUUCCCAUGUUUAUCAAGAAUGGUCCACCACCCAAAGGACAUCCAGCCAACUUCACAAAACUGUGGGAAGUAUUGGCGCCAACAUGGGCCAGAAUCCCUGUGGAACGCUUUCAACACCUUGUAGAGUCCAUGCCCCGACGAAUUGAGACUGUUCUGAGGGCCAAAGGGGAUGGGAGGGGGGGGGUGCAACUCAAUAUUAGGAAGGUGUCUGUUUUGUACACUCAAUGUUGUUGUUUUUUUCAUUCUGUAUGCAAACUGUUUUAGUAUAGUAUGUUUGAACUGGAUAACACAGUUUACUUUUUUAUAUUUAUUUGAGCCAAAUUUAAGGAAAUGUUCACUUAUGCCCAAAAUCAUUUAGCAUUCUCUCCAACUCCUCUUUUUAUAUAACUAUUUUGUUCAUUUGUUGUUUAAUAUAAAAAUUUGAAUCUGUGUAAUAUAUUGCUCCUAAAUUAUGAAAAAAUACACUUCUAUUGUUAUUAUUUUGUAUUCCAAUGUAGCGUAGAUGCACUAAAAACUUUCACGAUAUUCCACCAUUAGAACCACAGAUCUCAGCAUUCAUUUCACCAAUCACAUUACUUAUAAAGAUUAAAGACCCCCCCCCCCCCCCCCCCCAGCCUCCUUGAGGUCCCAAAGUCAUCGGGAAGAAAAAAAAUGCACUGUUCUAAACAUUCAAUUAUCAUAAUAAACUUUUAUGUACACAGAUUCUCCUUUCAGAGAGAGAAGAAAAUGGUUAAAUACCUAAGGCACACAGUUGUCAAUCCAACCCACAGUAUGUGGCUAUGCAGAUCUUGUUUCUUUGUAUAUCAGACAAAGAUACUAACCUGUAAGAAGAACGCCUGAAACCCCAGACUUUAACUGGCUUCAUCUCAAACCAUAUUGGCAUGUCUGAAUAAACUGACUCACAAAACAUUGGAGACGAAGUGAGCUCAUUUUCAAAUGCACAUACACAUGCCGCUCAUAUGAGAACAAGCCUCUGAUAUCCUUACUAGAACCACAGUAGAUUGAGCAGUGACAGAGGUAAAGGUACAGGUCUGCACAUUCUCACAGUCUCAAGGGCCUUUCCCAUGCUGUCACAGUCAUGAUCCCUGUACCCCAGCGGGACACCUAGAAUAAGGAUGAAGAUAGGAGAGGGAAGGGAGGUCAAAGUGGGAUCCUCUUACCAACAACAUGGGCAAUCCUAACAAAAAAACAAGCCCCUUUCUUCUUCAUGAGCUGUGAGUCUUUUGAAGCCUGUAUGAAUGGGAUAUCUCUCCAUCCUAUUGUAAUUUACUGAUCAUUAGUGCCAGCAGCUCAGGGCUCUGCCCAGGAUUAAGAUGUUGUCAGGACAGAGCAUCUUUGUAUGAGCUGUAUUAAAGCAACUUAAUUAAGUCAUGGUGUCAGGUGUCUCAUGUUACAAACUGGCAGAGGUUUUUUGGUGAAAAGGAGGAGGAUGAGACUUGUUGGGGCUUCUUGGGAGCCCAUGUUCUACCAUUUAGGGAUGGUUAAUUGAAUACAGUAUCUACUUCCCUAUGCCUUAUUCUUGUUCAAGACCAUCGAUAAUAUCAAUAUUCAUUCCUAUCUCCUGGUGAGUGGAGGGAAAACAUUGCAUGUCCUAGACUGUGUUCCUACUCAUUCUCUUUGGGUUUGAAGGCCUAACUUUAGAUUGGGCAAAAUUCAUGCAGCUAUGAGAAACCAAAGAUGUACCUGAUAUCAUGUGGUUAUAUCAAAACCAAAGAAAUGCCUGUAAUAUUGUUCCAUUGCAAGUUUGGAUGUGUUGUUUUACACAAAUUGUUUGUGGUAACUUUUGUAAAGCCUUGGUUGGUUUCCAAGAUCUGUAGACAAAAUGUCCACAACUCUUAUGAAAGAGGUUGUGUGUAUAUCAUAUGACAUUUGCAAAACAGGGAGGCCAAAUGAUACAAUUUAAUUGUAUUUUAUUUUCUGUUGGAUCUUUUGAUGUUUAUUUUAAAGAAGCUCCUCUUCAUUUUGUUAUACCAUAAUGUUAAUUCAUUUUGCUCUCUUUCCUUUUUCUUAAUGCUCAAAGCAUGUAUGUCUGAAGCUGAUAUGUUAAUUUAAUUUUCAUCCAUGUAAUAUCCUUAAAGACUGUAUUAAGUGCUUGUAAAGUGUGCGGAUAAUGUAGUUUUUAACAAUUUUCAUUAAAAAAAAACAUCAAUUUCA